UGAAAAAGGUAAAAGAUUGCAAAGCUCUUCUUCCAGUCUCUCUCCCUCUUUCCAACAACAACUACCUCUCCCCACACCCAUCUACUCUCCCACGCCCUUUGAAUGCUAGGCCAAGCCGACCCCCUUCCUCCUUUAUAUUUCUCGUCUCUACCAUUUCAGGAAUGGCACCGGCUUCUUUCCAUCACGAGAAUGUUUGCGUGAUGGAUGCCUCCGGUCGCCUUGGCUCCACCCUGGUUGAACGGUUGCUGCAAAGAGGCUACACUGUCCAUGCUGCUGUUCAGGGCCACGGUGAUUUGAUAUUUAAUGGGGUGGCAGCUGGUGAAAACAAGAAGCUGAAGGUUUUCCGUGCAGACCCUUUUGACUAUCAGAGCAUCAUCGAUGCUCUGAAAGGUUGCUCUGGUUUGUUUUACGCGUUUGAGCCUCCAGAGGACCACCCCGCCUAUGAUGAAUUUAUGGCAGAAGUGGAGGUAAGAGCAGCACACAAUGUGAUAGAGGCAUGCGCUCAGACGGAUACGAUGGACAAGGUGGUCUUCACGUCGUCUGCAACCGCUGUAGUUUGGAGAGACACCCCUCAAUCCGUUGCUUCGGAUUUGGAUGAAAGGCAUUGGAGCGAUGUCAAUUUCUGUCGCAAAUUCAAGUUGUGGGAAGCCCUGUCAAAGACGCUAGCAGAGAAGACGGCGUGGGCGUUGGCAAUGGACAGGGGCAUCAACAUGGUGUCCAUCAACGGGGGAUUGUUGAUGGGGCCUCAUCUUUCCAUCACGAACCCUUACUUGAAAGGAGCGGCCGAGAUGUACGAGGCUGGGACGUUCGUGACGGUCGAUCUGAAUUUCUUGGUCGAUGCCCACAUCUGCGUCUUUGAAGAUGUUUCAUCGUACGGUCGAUAUUUAUGCUUCAACCACGUUAUUAAUCGACACGAAGAUGCUGUUCAGCUCACCCGUUUGCUAACGCCUUCCGCACCUUCCCCCGCUCAGAGCUACGAGGAAGCUAACAUGAUCAUCCAACAAAAGUUAAGCAACAAGAAGUUGAACAAGUUGCUGGUGGAUUUUGAGAGUGAAGCUCUGGAGACUUGAAGACAGAAGCAAUGAAACCUUCAAUCAUGUACUCUUAUCUUUCAUCAGUCCUCACCCAAAUGCAAAAAUAUUUGAUACCACAUCUUAAUUGGUGGAAUUUGCAAAUUAUCCCCCCACAAAUGUAAAAGGGAUGUCUCUUGUUUUGGGCCUUAGCUCAGUAAUUGGAGACUAGUGGUUGUUUGUUAAGGAAUGUUAAUGCUAUUUCUUGAGUUCCCAUUAUUUAUUCAA